UACAAACUCCAUUGAACAAAUCUUCUGUGUCUCGUCCCAUUCGACGGUUCGGAAAUCAAUUCAAUCGCCGACAAUCUCGCCGCCUCUCCGCCGCUGCGCAACCGACCGACCAAGCCAAAUGCCUCACGCCUGGCGCCGAUCGGCACCCGCACUUAUCCACUGAAAGGAUACUUCACUUCCAUGGGGAUCCCUAUGGGCACCGAUUUCCCCUCCAAGGUCACUGUUCGCCACCGAGCUGCACUGGCGGUGCUCUUCCUCGUCGCGGCGGUUGUAUCCUGCGUGAUCCUCUACAACGCCACCGACUCCCUCGGAUUCCGAACUCUACACGCCGUCCGCGGUUUCCCCUUCCCCUUCCCCUUCCGAGACGACGACGAAUCCCUAACUUCGGACAGUGAGGAGUAUAAUCUUGAAAGAGUUUUGAUGGAUGCUUCUAUGCCAGAUAACACAGUGAUCUUGACAACUUUAAACGAAGCUUGGGCAAGACCAGGUUCGAUUUUUGAUCUCUUCCUCGAGAGCUUCAGAAUCGGGGAGCAUACGCGCCCUUUGCUCAACCAUUUAGUGAUUAUAACACUUGAUCAUAAGGCAUUUUCGUGGUGUCGAGCUGUACACUCUCACUGCUUUGCCCUAAUCAUGGAAGGCGUUGAUUUUUCGCGCGAGGCUUAUUUUAUGACUCCUGAUUACUUAACAAUGAUGUGGACAAGAAUCGAUUUCCUACGUACAAUUCUUGAAAUGGGAUACAACUUUGUUUUCACGGAUGCGGACGUAAUGUGGUUCAGAAAUCCGUUCCCUGAAUUUUAUUCGGAUGCAGAUUUUCAAAUCGCAUGCGAUCACUUCUCGGGUAAAUCUGAUGAUAGAAAGAAUAAACCUAAUGGAGGGUUCAAAUUUGUUCGAACGAGUAACAGGUCCAUAGAGUUUUACAAACACUGGUACUUAUCCCGCGAGAAGUACCCCGGAUUACACGAUCAAGAUGUUCUUAAUCGAAUCAAGAACGAUUCCUUUGUAAGACAGAGUGGGCUCAAAAUCAGAUUCUUGGACACCGCCCUAUUUGGUGGCUUUUGCGAGCCGAGUAAAGAUCUCAAUGAAGUUUGCACGAUGCACGCGAAUUGCUGCUUCGGAUUAGACAGCAAACUCCACGACCUCAGAAUUUUGAUCGAAGACUGGAAGAGGUACUUGUCUCUUCCCCCGCGUUUAAAACCCUCGAUGCCAUCAUGGAGAGUUCCUCAAAAUUGCAGUCUCGAGUCUCUCCACUUGCACUUUCCAAAGGCCCCCGAGGAGGAUAAUGAGGAUGUUGAGGACAUUGAUGACUUCGAUAAAUAACAACCUCUAUGAUUCUCGACUAGAGGAUUAUUUCAUGUUCUUGAGCAGGAAUAACGUGCUGUAAGAUCUUGGUUAGGUUGCCCGCCCUCUAUUUAUUUCGAUUAUAAUAGGUUGCUUAGUUAUUGCUAAGCUGAGAAUGCAAUGAGGGCACUCUUGUUGCAGGGAAGUUGUAUGAUUCUUGUUGAAUGUCGACCCCUCUAGGAUCGACAAUAAGAGGUGUUUCUCGGAAAUGCUACGAGGCUCGUUAUCUAGAUCUACAUAGUAGUAGUAGUCGUUGUCGUCGUAGGAGGCAUCGAUUGCUCUCGGGGAAACUAGAUAUAUAUAUAUAUUUAUACUGUAAGUUAUCUUGUGUCAUUUGUAGUUUCUUAUUGAUGUUUUUGUUUGUGAUCUCGGCAGUGUGAUUUGCUUUGUCGAAUUUACCCAAAAUGGGUAAUGGCUGUCGAUCUACGUUAUAAAUAUAUAUAUAUAUAUAUAUUGUGUUUGUUUAGGGGAUUGAAUUUUAAAUACAUUAUUUAUUUCAUUUUUUUUCCCGAAAAUAUCAAAUCAAAUGCUUAUUUUACAUUU